AUAUUAUGAAUCGCCAGUUAGCGACCCAAAAAAGGAAACACAGAAUCAGCAGAGUUGGUUUUGCUUGUCAUUUACGAAAUACGAGCAAAGUAAUUAACAAACCGAGGGGAAGUGAAAGUGAAAUUGUGUAGACUUGAAGGACAAAACCUUUUUCUUCAUUCAUUCAUUCUUCUUCUUCGAAUUUGAGUGUGGGAUGCUUUGGAAGAUUCAAUGAAUGGAAUGAAAUCAGCGUGGAUGAGGCCAAUUCAGCUUCCUGAGCCGCCAAGCCCCACCGCCCCCAGGUCUACUCCCGACGUCUUUGAUUCCGCCAUCAUCGUCCGCCGCGCCGUCGUCAUCGGCAACGGUUUCCCUUCCUCUGAGAAUCAGUCCCUCGGAUUGGUUCGAGCCCUUGGUCUCUCUGAUAACCACCUCUUCUAUCGUGUGACGAGGCCCAAGGGUGGAAUCAACGAGUUGCUUCAAUGGCUUCCGGUGUCUCUCCACAAGAAGAUCGAUUAUAUCAUAAGGAUAUUCCGUGCUUGCUCCCAACUUGUCUUCAAAUCUCAUCUACAACACGCCAAGCUUGGUCGAAAUGGUUUCAGUGACUCUGCUGCUGAAGGAUUGUUGGCGGUUCUAGAGGCUGAUGUCAAGCACAUAGUCAAUUUGGCUCGUGAUUCUUUUGAAAAGGAGGGACCGUUGUUGGUGGUUGCAUCUGGAAGGGACACCAUUUCUACUGCAAGUUCGAUAAAACGUUUGGCAUCUGAGAGUGUUUUUGUCGUUCAGAUACAACAUCCAAGGGUGCAUUUGCACAGAUUUGACAUGGUGAUUACACCUCGUCAUGAUUAUUAUCCAUUGACUCCACAAGCACAGAAACAAGUUCCUAGGGUUCUUCGAAGGUGGAUAACUCCACGCGAGCCUGCAGAUAGUCAUGUGGUUCUUACCGUGGGAGCCCUACAUCAAAUAGAUUUUGCUUCACUCCGUAAUGCUGCCAUUACAUGGCAUGAUGUGUUUGCCAGUGUUCCUAAGCCCUUGCUUGUAGUCAACAUUGGAGGACCAACAAGAAACUGUCGAUAUGGUGUUGAUCUUGCAAAGCAGUUAGCAGCCUCUUUGCUUAAUGUCCUUGCUAGUUGCGGGAGUGUGAGAAUAUCCUUUUCAGAGAGAACACCACAAAAGGUGUCAGAUACUAUAUUGAAGGAACUUGGGGGUAAUCCCAAAGUUCAUAUUUGGGAUGGACAAGAACCAAACCCACAUUUGGGGCAUCUAGCUUGGGCAGAUGCGUUUGUUGUCACAGCAGAUUCUGUGAGCAUGAUAAGUGAAGCUUGCAGCACUGGGAAGCCUGUUUAUGUUAUCGGAGCUGAGAGGUGCAAAUGGAAGUUCACAGAAUUCCACAAAUCAUUGAGAGAAAGAGGGGUUGUCAGGCCUUUUACGGGUUCAGAAGAUAUAUCAGAAAGUUGGAGCUAUCCGCCCCUGAAUGACACUGCUGAUGCAGCUAAAAAGGUCUGUGAAUCGCUUGCUGCACGAGGGUGGAAACUGAAGACAUAGAGUACAUUUCUUAGUGGACAUGAUACUAAAUUUUGUUAUAUUUUUUUUUAAGGGUAGGAACCCCUUGUCGUUCGUAAGGAAAUUCCUGAACAUAUGCCUUUUAUAGCACAAAUAGGAAACGUUGAUGGGAUGUUUAUACUGUAUUCUUUUGAGUUUCGACCAUGUCAAUUUUUGAGGAUAUAAUGUAAAGUACGGAUUGCUGUAUGAUUGCAGCUUGUAAAAUGAGAAGAGGAUGUUGGCAUACGUGUAUGCCAAAAUGGCAUUUUAUUCA